CCACACAUGACCAUUUAAAACCGUCCCAGUAAUCCCCUUUCUUUACUUGGUUUGCAGGACAGAGGGAUUACACACUUUGCUGGAGGCCACACAAGGACUUUUAACAGCCAUGGUGGACGCAGCGGCAGCGGAGCAGUUCCUGGACGCCAACCCGCAGUUCGCCAAGCAGUACUACGACGCCAACUUCCGGCCCAAGGUGGUCUCGGACCUGCUGGACGGCAACCGGAAGGCGGCGAUGGACAUCAGCGCGUUCCACGACCUGACGGCGGUGGAGGAGAGCGAGGUCCUCUUCGACCUGAUGCGGGACAUCCAGGACAACCUUCAGAUGGAGAAGUCCGUCUUCAACCUCAUGAAGCACCUCAGCUUCAUGAUGAGGGCCGACCGCAUGAGCCUCUUCAUGUACCGGCAGAGGAACGGGGUGGCCGAGCUGGCCACCAGGUUAUUUAACGUCAACAAGGAUUCCCAGUUUGAUGACUGCCUGGUGCCGCCUGACAGCGAGAUCGUGUACCCGCUGGACAUGGGCAUCGUGGGCCACGUGGCCUCCACCAAGAAGAUGGUCAACAUCGCCGAUGUGUCCGAGAGCGCUCACUACAGCGAAUUUGUGGACGAGCUGACGGAGUACAAGACCAAGAGUGUCCUCGCCAUCCCCAUCAUGAACGGUAAGGACAUGGUGGCCGUGAUGAUGGCGCUCAACAAGCUGGACGGGCCGCGCUUCACCGCCAAGGAUGAGGAGACCCUCAACAAGUACCUCAACUUUGGCAACCUGAUCCUGAGGGUUUUCCACCUGAGCUACCUGCACAACUGCGAGACCAGGAAGGGGCAGGUGCUGCUGUGGUCGGCCAGCAAGGUGUUCGAGGAGCUGACGGACAUAGAGAGGCAGUUCCACAAGGCCCUGUACACGGUGCGAGCUUUCCUCAACUGUGACCGCUACUCCGUGGGGCUGCUGGACAUGACCAAGACCAAGGAGUUCUUUGACCUGUGGCCAGUCCUCAUGGGAGAAGUUCCACCGUAUGAUGGACCCAAAACUCCCGAUGGAAGGGAAAUUAUCUUCUACAAACUGAUCGACUACAUCCUUCACGGAAAAGAGGACAUCAAAGUCAUUCCGAACCCUCCGGCGGAUCACUGGGUCCUGGUCAGCGGCCUCCCGACCUACGUGGCAGAGACGGGGCUGAUUUGUAACAUAAUGAAUGCCGGUCAGGAUGAUUUUUUCAAGUUCCAGAAAGAGCCUCUGGAUGACUCCGGCUGGACCAUUAAGAACGUCCUGUCGAUGCCAAUCGUCAACAAGAAGGAGGAGAUAGUGGGCGUGGCCACGUUCUAUAACAGGAAGGAUGGGAAACCCUUUGAUGAAAUGGACGAAACGCUGAUGGAGUCUCUGACCCAGUUCCUGGGCUGGUCGGUGCUGAACACCGACACCUACGACAAGAUGAACAAGCUGGAGAACAGGAAGGACAUCUUCCAGGACAUGGUGAUGUACCACGUCAAGUGCCGGAAGGAUGAAAUCCAGCACGUUCUGAACACCAGGGAGAGAUGGGGGAAGGAGCCGGAUGAGUGCGAGGAGGAGGCGCUCCAGGAGAUUCUGUCUGAGGUCCUGCCGGACUCCAAGAAAUGUGAGCUCUUCGAGUUCCAUUUCUACGACUUUCAUCACACGGAGCUGGAGCUGGUGAAGUGCGGCAUCAAGAUGUACUACGAGCUGAAAGUGGUGGACAAGUUCCACAUCCCCAGAGAGACCCUGGUGAGGUUCAUCUACUCUCUCAGCAAAGGCUACAGGAGGAUCACCUACCACAACUGGAGACACGGAUUCAACGUGGGACAGACCAUGUUCACCCUGCUGAUGACGGGGGACCUGAAGCGUUACUUCACGGACCUGGAGUGCAUGGCCAUGGUGACCGCCGGCCUGUGCCACGAUAUCGACCACCGAGGAACCAACAACCUGUACCAGAUGAAGUCCGGUAAUCCUCUGGCAAAGCUUCACGGAUCCUCCAUCUUGGAAAGACACCAUCUGGAGUUUGGAAAGACUCUGCUGAGAGAUGAAGCAUUGAACAUUUAUCAGAAUCUGAACCGCCGGCAGCACGACACCGUCAUCCACCUCAUGGACAUCGCCAUCAUCGCCACGGACCUGGCCCUCUACUUCAAGAAGAGGACCAUGUUCCAGAAGAUCGUGGACCAGUCCAAGACCUACGAGAACUGGAACGAAUGGACCAAGUACAUGAUGCUGGAGACCACGCGCAAAGAGAUCGUCAUGGCCAUGAUGAUGACGGCUUGUGACCUGUCGGCCAUCGCCAAACCGUGGGAGAUCCAGAGCAAGGUGGCGCUGUCUGUCGCUGCAGAGUUCUGGGAGCAGGGAGACCUGGAGAGGACGGUCCUGGAGCAGGUCCCAAUUCCCAUGAUGGACAGAACCAAAGCAGAUGAACUGCCAAAGAUGCAGUGCGGCUUCAUCGACUUCGUCUGCGCCUUUGUGUACAAGGAGUUCAGUCGUUUCCACGUGGAGAUCACCCCCAUGCUGGACCGCCUGAUGAACAACAGGAAGGAGUGGAACGCCCUGAAGGAGGUGCACGAGGCCAAAAUGGCCGCCAUCGAGGAAGCGAAGAAAGCCAAGGAGGAGGUUGCUGCAGGGGCCAGACAAGGUGCAAGUGCAGCCCAGUCAGAUUCAAAGACGUGUGUAGUCAGCUAAAGAGGCUGCAGGUUGCUUCAGGUCGCUCGCUGCCUGUGCUUUGCCGCCGCGGUCCGGCGUCGGCUUCUCCUCGGUUUAUCCAGAGCGCAGCUUUUAUUCGAGCAUGCCGGUCUCCUCUUCUUCCCGUCUGCACUGCUUCUUCCUGGCCACCCUUUGAUCCUGAACACCCCAUAGUCUGCUUACAAAGAGAAGGUAAAAGGACCGUUUUUGUCAAUGGAGUCUGGUGUUGUGGGAAGCGUCCCCGUCCCCCCGCAUAGAGCGGUGUGAAGGGAAGAUAAAGCAGUGAAAAUGUUCUCAAUCGGGGAUUCGACUAAAGUUACGAUGAUACAUUUAUAAAGAAAAUCAGAGUGCAGAGCCGGGCCUCCGUUCUGGUCUGUUAGCUACCGUUGCUAAUACAAUACAAUAAGUAACUCACGUGACCCUACUUUAAAACAUUAUCCCUUUAAGUGUUUUUAAUGUGCGCUACAGUUUCUAGAAGACGCAAAGUUCACAAAACGGUUCCUGUUCACUAAACAUCACCGUGCGAGUAAAAAUAGCUGUUACGCGGAAAAGUAGCAGAUCGACAGAAAUAACAAAAAUUCCACUUAAAGUACGAUGGCUGAACUUUCAUCCAACAAACAACGUCAACUGGAGCAUCUCACUGGGUCAACAGUCCAAGUCUGUAAAGCCAAUGAAACUAAAGGACAAUGUCGAACCGUGUCGCUGCAUCGUUGCUCUCAGGUGUUUUGUAGUUAAAGCUUGCUCACGAUAAAAUGUUAUUUUGAGACUUUUUUUAGCGUUACAAGAAGCAACAUCUUACUCAGUUAACGUUCAAUGUUGGAGUCGGUCGAUACUGCGGAUCAAUACAAGAAAAUGUAUUUUUAUUCAGUUUUACUGAAGUAAUAAUGUGGAGAUGUGCAUUUGCUUAUUUGCAGAUAGAAGUAAAUAUAUUGUAUUUUCCCACUGAA